AUGGGACCUAAGAGAAAAAGUUCCGUUUGGCAAUUCUUCAACAAAAUUGAUGAUAAGAAAACGAAAUGCAAACUAUGUCAAAAGAAAAUUAAGUCUGCUGGAAAUACUACGAAUUUAAUUGGACACAUUCGUAAUGUUCAUAAGGCUGCUUACCUGGAAAUUAUGCCAAAACAAAAUACAUCCAAUGCAGUAAAUACUACAGAAGAAAUAUCGAAUCCUCUGAAUACCAAGGUUACGCCUUAUAAUAAAAUUGAUGAUGGUGUACUUCAGUUUGAACCUAUUCCUAGUACAAGUACAAAUUGCAGUGGUAGUCUAAGAUCCGGUGAACCGUUACCGAAAACCUUAAAUGAAACUAUUGAUUCAGACUUGAACGAAAACGUCACCCCUUCAAAACGCCAAAAAACAAUACAGGCCGCCUUUAAAGAUAUUUCCUCUUACUCAGAAUCUGGAGCGAAGACAAGGAAACUGAACAACUGUUUAUUAUUCAUGAUUUGCAAAGACCAUCAGCCUUUCUCAAUCGUUGAAAACGAAGGCUUUAGAACUCUGAUGAAAAAAAUUGCUCCUCAAUAUAAACUCCCGAGUAGAACAACUCUAAGACGCUGGCUUGAUGAAAAAUAUGAAGUAAUUUCUGAAACUAGCAAGGAACAGCUGUCCUCUAUAGAAGAUAUAACCCUAACAACGGAUAUUUGGUCAGAUACCUUAAAUAUGAAAAGUUUUUUGGGUAUCACAGCACAUUUCGGAAUAGACAUUGAACUACAUUCAGUCACUUUAGAUCAAGAAAAUGUAACAGCUGUUGUUACUGACAAUGCAGCCAAUAUAGUUAAGGCGAUCGAAUUAGCGUACGGUAGAAGGAAACACAUCCCAUGUUUUGCACAUACUCUGAAUUUGGUGGCUGAAGGCACAAUGAUGUGUACUGAGUGGAGAAACAUUGUUUCAAAAGUAAAAACAAUUGUGACUUGGUUUAAACAGAGUUGCAUUGCUUGUGACGAAUUACGUAAAGCUACUGCUGCGGCUAUGGAGUCUCCUACUGGGGCAGCUGGGGUAAAAUUAAUACAAAGCGUGGAUACUCGUUGGAACAAUACAUAUUAUAUGAUACAAAGAUUUCUAGAACUCCGUAGUGUAUUAAAUGAUAUUCUCUUCCGCCACCCUAGAGUACCUGCGAUGCUGAGUGCAUCGGAAAUAUCUACUGUAACGUCUGUCAUCGUGGUAUUGCGACCCUUGGAAGCGGCUACUAAAGAAAUUUCGAGUGAUAAAUACUGCACAAGCAGUAAAAUUAUUCCCUUAGUUCGUUGUAUGCUCUCUAAAAUAACUUCAGCUAUUAUCGAAGAUCCCAUAGCGAAAGAGGUGCAGAAGCUUGCUAUUAAUGAAUUAAAUAAAAGAAUGGGUUCAAUAGAACAUGUGACUCCUCUGGCUAUCGCAUGUAUUUGA